UAUAAGUAUGGUGGUCGUGCAAGCGCUGCAAGCGCAGUGUUCGAACGUGUGGUGUGUCUGCCGUAUGCUUGUGUCUUUGAAGUUGGGCGAUUGUUGAAGCACAAGCAUGACUGAGCUCACCAUCCCGCCGGUCUACAAAGAAGCGUGACGAUUCUGUUCUCUCUUCGGCGAUAGAAGCUGCUGAUCUUGUAGGAAGCGUUCUUUCGCAGACAUGAACGCCUCUGCCUACGCCUGCACGCCAUGCGGAAAGACGUUCACGGGGCCCGAGCCGUACAACCAGCACAUAGCCUCGGAAAAGCACAAGAAGAAAAUUCAAAGUGGUCCAGUCUUCCAGUCCGGCCUUGUGUGCGAGCCAUGCCGGAUGAGCUUCUCUGGUCCCGCUCCCAUGCGGGACCACAUGGCCAGUGCAGGCCACGCCAAAGCCAUGGCAAUGCAUCGGGCAUCGGCGGGUCAAGCUUCGACGGUGGAGACAAAGUCCAUUAGGCUGGCCGACUCGAGUGCUAACAAAAGCAGCUACCUGCAGUGCCAGGUAUGCAACAUCCCGAGCUUUUCAUGUUCCAAGGAUGCCUUCGACCACUACGAGUCAGCCGAGCAUUGGGACCGCAAGCAGGCCGUGGAGAAGGGAAUCGAACCGUCGACCUACCGUCCCACCGCAUUCAUCCAGUCGGCACUUGCCAGUGCUCGGAUAACAGAACCACCACCCACUUUGCCCACAUCUGUGCUUGUCUGCAGGGCAGAAGAAAGCUUUGAAGAUUUCUGUAAAAGAAAUAACCUUUCGUUCCUUUUGUGAUGUUGCAUCAAGUAAAAGGCAGAGAUCAGUUAAUUACCACAAUUAAAAGCACGAUUUGUGUCGGUAUUUUGCUGCGCUAUACUGUUACACCAGGACAAAACGGAAAGACUUGGUGCACAUGUGCACAAAUUUUAAGUCUAGUCUUUUUUCCAUUUUGUCCUGGUGUAACAGUAUAGCACAGUGAAAGAACAUUGUAUUGUAAAUGUUUUGUUGUUGUUUUCUUUAACUUUAUUCUCCUAAUGCACGUUUUCUCAGAUUAGCCUUCUCACCCCUUUGUCAUUUAUGCAAUGAACAGGUGGAUGGACUCGAGUAUUCCUCAAACAUCAAGUGCUGGGUAGUGGUUAAGUACAUAGAAUGCACGCAGCUCUUUAUGUACCAAGGCUCACUUUGCACCGACGAAGUCGUGACGUCCUAGACAUUUGUGUUGUACCCCCCCCCAGACAGGAUUCGUGGGAAGUUGUAUUAGGAUAAAUGAUUUUUUUUCCUGUUCUGACUGCUGUUACUCAUGUGCACUGUUACUGGAAUUUUUGUUGGGUUUUGUAAAACGAAGUAAAUUUGAGUGAUCUGCUGAAGUUGUACCAAUGAAGCUUAGUCAUAUUACUGAACUGCAUUUUAUUUUAACGAAGUUUAGUCAUUUUAAGUUACUGCAUUUUAUUUUAAUGAAGUUUUGUCAUUUUAAGUAACUGUAUUUUACUUUACCUUUUUACAUUUGAGAUAUAAAGGUAAAUAAAAAAACUCGCAAUGUCCCUUAUGCAUUCUCUUAAGACAUCUGUAAGGCAAAAGCCAUCUGGUAUGUCAUAAUUCAUCAUCAUUUUGCGAAGUAGUGAAGUACCCACAAUGCGUCUGUAAGGCAAUGUGUGCGCCUACGUAGUAGCUGUACACUGUCGAUUCUGUGACCGACGACGCUGAAUUGUGGCCGAGCCUUUAAACCACCUGCUUGGCUGUAAACCACCGAACUCGUUAUGCAAAUCACAUUGAUGCCUUGUGCAGUUCUAAGCUUUUGCCAUGCAAUAUUAUAUGUGUUAAAGUGCUGGCAUGGCUCUGUGGUAGAAUGCUUGACUGCCACUCAGUGCCUGGGUUCGAUUCCGGCUCGAACCUCGUUUUUUUUUUAUUCCUUGUACGUGAGGUCACACCUUGGAGUGCCCGAGUAUUUGUAUCGCAUGCUGCGUAUGUCAAGGCCAGGAUCUGAUGAGUCCACUUAAAGUACUGACAUAAAAACUUUAAGUCUUGUUUUUUCUGUUGCGAUAAGUAGCUACCGAUCCACUUAUCACAGCUUGAACCUUGUUUGCUUAAGCUCGCAACUGUUAAUUAUUUGGAGACUGUUUUAUAGCGCCCAGUCGCAGUUUCGGUUUCAGAGAGCGCCAAGAGUGG